ACAAACAGUGCGUGCACAUUCAUAAACAAUGAGCGCACAUCAAUUCUACAAGUAUUUCGUGUUCUUCGCAUUUGCUCUUAUGGGAGCAUUAACUUUUUCUGAUUUCGAAGGUAAAGUGCAGGUAAUAUUGGACGAUGAUGGUAAUGAUUUCUACUUGGUUCCAAUAGAUCUACUCGAUCAUAUAAGAAACAAAAGGGCUACAAACAUCUCAUCUGGGGGUAAUAGUAACGGUGAUUACGUUCGAAUUUCCACGGAUCUCCAUAAAACCGCUGAUUACAAUCUCCAAGGUGGAGCCUUUGGUAAUACUGAUGCAAAUAGACAAUCUAUUUCUGGAGGACAGCUCGAUUUAUCACAUAUUCCUUCAGAUUCCAAAUUAAGCGGAAUUUUAACCACCAAAGGGGUUUACUUGGACGGAAACUUGAACGGAAAUAAUUUUCAGUUGACCGGCUCGGGUUUUGCGGAAAAGAAUGAUUUCAAUAAAGUCGAGUCCGGUGGGAGGGUGACUCUCACGCACACACCAUCAGAGAGCAAUGUGAAUUUUGCGUUGAAAAACGUGCCAGGAUCGGGUACAGUGCAGCAAACCGGAGGAACGUACAACUUCUUUAAAACUGCUGAUGGCAGAGGAACGAUUGGUCUGACUGGUAAUUAUAAUGUCAAUCGUGGAGGAGGUGGCGGUACUCGUAGCUGCAAUGCAUUGUUACACGGAAAAUAUUCUUUCUAA